AGAGAGUACUGAGCAAACCAGACAACGGCGCAACCAACUCAACAAAAAUAUAGGGGUGUAGUGGGAAUGCACAUUCCAAUACCAGCACUCCCAAUUCAUUCACUGCCAUUUUUCUUCUGAAAGAGUUUUAUAUUUUAUUAUUUGUAACAUUGGAAAUUACCGAUGAAAGACAGGGAGUUGUUUUUAUCGGUCCCUCAUAGGUUGUAUGAGCUGCCUCGUUGCCUUGCUGUAUUCCUAUUUUGACUGUGACACUUCCGUAAUCCUUCGGUUAGAGUGCACACAUAUCUACAUGGCUUUAACCUGUAUCCAGCAUUGUCAGAGAUGCACCAGUUUACUGAGGUCAAGGAGUGUUGGUAUCACCACCCUUCAGUAUUCCACAGAUGCCCAGCAUUGGCCUGCAGCCCUCUGGAAUUCUUUCAUUGUUCCAGUCUUGCCCUCUGUGCUCCAGAGAAGUCCGAAUCCAUCUCAGACGCGACAGAGGUGGAAUCUAGGAGUGCGGAGUUACUGUGAAUCUCAUGCUAAGGUCCAACCAUCUCAAACGAAACACAGGAAUACUGAUGAGUUACCUGGGACUGAUAUGGUGUCUUAUCAGAAUCCUGUCUCCCAUCAACUCAUAGAUGGAGGGAUGCUUCUGAAGGAGUGGCAGACAGCUUUUGAUUUGGAUGAUGCCCCAGGCCACUCUGCAUUAGAGGAGAUCAGUCAUGAGGAGGCAGUUCAUAUGGACAUCCCAGCUGCCCUGCCUCCUGUCUCCAUCUCCCUGAAAGACUAUGUCAAUGAGUCAGAGACGCUUGGAAAGCUUGUACAGCUAGGUGUUCAGCUAUGGAAACUGGAGCAGAGGCCUAACGUGGGUUCCAUGUUGCUGAGGCUAGACUUCCAGACAGACGUGACCCCACGGCUGGUUUUCCUGAAGCAGCUGGGAGUGGAGGAUUCUCGCCUGGGUUAUCUGAUCAGCCACAACCCCUUCAUCCUCACAGAGAGCCUGGAGAAUCUGCAGGCCAGAGUGGCAUAUCUUAGGUCCAAGAAGUUCAGCGCUGAGUCUGUGGCUUCCAUGGUGUCCAGAGCUCCGUACCUGCUGAACUUCAGUGUGAAGAGGAUGGACAACCGCCUUGGAUUCUACCAACAGCAGUUAGGCCUUAGUGCUCAGAAGACACGGGAUGUUGUGGCUCGCCUUCCCAGACUUUUGUGUGGCAGCUUGGAGACAGUUAAGGAGAAUCUUAAGAUAUGCAAAAUGGAGAUGGGGUUUCGUGAAAAUGAGCUCCAGCACAUUGUCACUGUAAUCCCCAAAGUUCUUACUGCUAACAAGAAGAAACUGACCCAGAUAUUUGACUACAUCCACAACACCAUGAACAUACCCCAUGACCUGAUUGUAAAGUUCCCACAGGUCCUGAAUGCAAAGUACCUUCGUAUCAAAGAAAGACACCUGUUCCUGCAAUACCUAGAUAAGGCUCAGUAUGACCCUGCCAAGCCUAACUACAUCUGUCUGGACAAGCUUGUCUCCCUGCCAGAUGAGGCCUUCUGCACUGAAGUGGCAUCAGCCACACUAAAGGACUUUGAACUGUUUCAGAAGACGAUGUAAUUAAUGAAACACUACAGUUUCUGUAUAUGUGUGUUAUGUGAAUAAAUAUGUUGAAGAUA